AUGGUGCCUCGGUGGUUGGCUUUGCCUUGUUUUUUGGCAUUCCCAACCCGGGUGGAGCUGCGUGAUGUGCGAGGAGACGUCGUAGCUGAGCGGCCGAUGGUCGUCGGCCUUUGCGAAGAGAAGCAGGGUGUCGCCCAAUGGCUGGUGGCAACUACCCGGGAAGGCGCGCAAUAUGCGCUGGGGCACGUCAAAAUUCUGGUGAUUGAAGAGAACAAGUCGUUGCUUUGGUUGGUGGGCACUGUCUCCUCAGCUUUAGCAGGUUGGUGUGUCUACGUACUUCGGCGCCUCCACUACGAGCGCAUCGAAGGAGCGAUGAGUGAAAUUUCAUUGAAGAUGAAGCACAUGGAGCAGAUCGCGGGUGAGCAGGAGAAGGACAAGGUGCCCCGAGCCAUUUCGAAGAUCGAGAUGGUCACCAUCAUUGGUCCUGCGGUGAUCUCGGCCUUCUCCUUCGGCUACCUGGCCGGACGAUCCAUUAGCAGCUACAAGUGGCACAAGCAACUGAGGGUGACUCAGGGCUUGAACAGCAAUCGUGUCUAUGUCGCAGUGAUUCCGGAGCACCUCUUCGAGGCCCAAAAGGUAGCUUCGGAGCUGGCGCCUGGAUGCAAGAGUUAG